AAACUUAGACAUUUAACAAAAAUGAAAAUUUUGAAAACUAAAAAUGCUUUAUAUGUCGACACUACAACGUGGGUAUCGGCACUCUUGUUUAUUUAAUCCUACACCCCAUUUAUUUUCCAAAGGCUUAAGGAAUAGUGUCCACACAAAAGCUAUUUCAUCCAAUGGAGAUCUUAUCUCUUAUUGGAGGUUCUCUUUUAUCUGUUACAUUUGAGUUGCUACUUAAAAAGUUGGAUGGAUAUCUAAGUGAUCGACUACGGAGUUCAGAGAAAGAAGUAUGUGCUCAAAUGGAGAGCUGGAAGACAUUUUUGCCCAAAAUCAUUGCUAUACUUCAACAUGCAGAAGAAAAUCCAGUUGCCAACGAGUUCACAAAGUUAUAUCUUAAUGAUCUCAGGAACUUGGCUUAUGAUAUGGAGGACUUACUUGAAGAGUUUGUGAUUGAUGAUGCUAAGAGGUCCAAUUCAACAGCACACUCUAAAGCCAGCACCAGCAAGGGGCAAAAAGUCAAAUCUAUUCUUAAGAAUCCAUUUAAAUCUAAGGCCAAGCUCAAUCGAGAGACCAUUUCCAUGGUGGAACAUUUGAAUGUUAGAUUAAAGCCUAUUAAAGAGAAGAUGGACACUUUGGGUCUUUUCAAGUUGACCAUGACAGUUGACAAUUCUCAUAAAGUAGCUGCCGAAAGACCUGAGGAGCCUACAGUUCUUGAAGAUUAUGUGUGUGGUCGAGAUAGUGAUAAGAAAGCUAUUCUUGAAAAGUUGUUCGACAAUGGAGGCAGUCCUGAACAAAAUUUUGUUAUUCCCAUCGUUGGAAUGGGUGGAUUAGGCAAGACAACUCUUGCUCGAAUCAUUUACAAUGAUGAAGAAUUGGAAGGUAAGUUUGACUUGAAGGCAUGGGUUUGUGUUUCUGAUGUGUUUGAUGUUGCUCGAAUAACAAGAGACAUUUUAGAAUAUGUAACUAAGAAAGACCCUGGUUUUAAAAAUUUUGCUUUGCUUCAAGAGGAAUUGAAAGGGGAGUUAUGUGGGCACAAGUUUCUUCUUGUAUUGGAUGAUGUUUGGAAUGAGGAAUAUGACUACUGGGAUAGAUUGAAGAGACCUUUCAUGUCAGGAGCUUCUGGAAGUAAAAUAAUUGUUACAACUAGAAAUGAAAAGGUUGGGAGGAUGAUGAGAGGAGAUGAUGAAGCCUACAAUUUAGAGGAGCUACCAGUUGAUGCUUGUUUGCCAUUGUUUACUUGGCAUGCACUGGGGAAAGAGAACUUUAAUGCUCACCCACACCUACAAGAAGUUGGUGAAAAGCUUGUUGAGAGGGGCAAAAGAUUACCAUUAGCACUGAAGACACUUGGUGGCAUCUUACGGGGAAAGCAGGGUCGUGAUGAGUGGGAAAAAAUAUAUAACAGUAAUAUAUGGGGUUCAAAAGAUAAAACUAAAAUUCUUCCUAUUUUGAGAUUGAGCUACAAUGAUCUUCCUCCUUAUUUGAAGCAAUGCUUUGCUUAUUGUGCUUUGUUCCCUAAAGAUUAUGAAUUUGACAAAAUAAAGUUGGUUCGAUUGUGGAUGGCUGAGGGCCUAUUACAAUCAGAGGACAUUGGUCACCAAUAUUUCGAAGAGUUGUUAUCAAGAUCACUCUUUCAACCGUCAAGUAGAGUUGAAUUGCGGUUUGUGAUGCAUGACCUCAUAAAUGAUUUAGCUGUAGAUGUUGCUAGAGAAAUAUAUUGCAAUCUUGAACGUAGCAUGGGUGAUGGAAAAUUAGAGAAGGCUUUUCAUUUGUCAUUCACUGCACGUCACUUGGAAACCUCAGAAAGAUUUGAAGUCUUGAAAGAAUUGAAGCAUUUGAGAACAUUCUUAUCAUUAAGAGCACCCACUGACUACUUUGGUUCCUAUUUGUCUAACAGAAUCUUGCAUGAUCUCUUGCCAACUUUAAAUCGCUUAAGAGUGCUAUCUUUUUCCCAAUAUGAGAUAAGCAAGCUACCAGAUUUUGUUGAAAAGUUGAAACAUAUCCGGUACAUUGAUUUGUCUCGAACAAAAAUUGAAUGUCUACCUGAUUCAGUGGGUUUUCUUCUCUUCUUGCAAACAUUGUUAUUAUCUGGUUGUGAAAAGCUUACUAAGUUGCCUACAACGAUCGGAAAUCUUCUGUUCUUGCAAACAUUGUCAUUAUCUGGUUGUAAUAAGCUUACUGAGUUGCCUACAAUGAUCGGAAAUCUAAUUGAUCUCCAUCAUCUUGAUAUCACUAAUACAUCUUUAAAAGAGAUGCCAUUAGAAAUAGGCAAUCUUAAAAAUCUUGUAACACUGUCUACAUUUAUCGUGGGGAAGGCAAGUGGAAUGAUGAGAUUAUCUGCUUUGAAGAACUUGUCAAAACUUCAAGGAAGACUGUCUAUUUUAGGUCUGAGAAAUGUUUUGAAUGUUCAAGAUGCUGUGGAGGCCAAUCUAGACAAGAUCCAUGGUUUGAAAGAGUUACAGUUGGGGGGGUGUUUAACUGCUCUCGAUGAUGAUCGAGAUGAAUCAGUACUCAGCAAGUUGAAACCUCAUCCAAAUUUGAAGCGUCUCGAAAUUUCUGGCUAUGGUGGCAAGAGUUUCCCAAACUGGGUUUGUGAUCCAUCAUUAUUUUUGAAUUUAUCAUCCAUGGAGCUCAACUCUUGUAGUAGAUGCACUUUGUUACCAUCACUUGGCCGACUACCUGUUCUCAAAAAAUUGGUUAUUAAAUGGAUGAAGGCAAUAGAAGCUGUAGGUCCUGAGUUCUAUGGGCAGCAUGACUCUUUUCGAUUAUUGGAGGAACUAGAGUUUAGAUACAUGAGCAAUUGGAAGGAAUGGACUUCUCCAAAUGGAAGUGAAGGUGAAUUCCCUCGUCUUCAUAGGCUUGUGAUUGAAGAUUGCCCUAAGUUGUUAGGCCAAUUACCUAGCAACCUUUGUUCACUUAAAGAGUUGGUUGUUGAUCGCUGCCAUGCGAUGCUUUUGAAGAGUAUGGUUGAUCUCACUUCACUCACUAAAUUUAGAAUUCGGCAAAUUUCAGAACUGACUUGCUUGCCAAGGAGUUUUAUACAGUCUUUGACAACACUUGAGACUCUGCAUAUUGAAUGUUGCGAGGAUCUUACUUGCCUGUGGGAGGAAGGAGCAGAAAUAGAGCAAAACCUCUUGCCUUUCAAUCUUAAGCAUCUUAGCCUCUAUGGAUGUGGAGCUUUGGAGUCAUUACCCGAUGCAAUGAUGAUGAGGAUGGAUGAAAGCAGUAGCAGCAAUAGUAGUAUGUUGAUGUCGAGACUGGAAGGGUUGAACAUUUCUAGUUGUCCUUCUCUCAAGUCUUUUCCAAGAGGCAAAUUACCCAUCUCGCUUAAACAUUUGAAUAUAGUAAGCUGUGAAAAUCUUGAGUCUCUACCGAAUGUUGAUGGUGACAAUAAUAAUAGCAAUCUACAUUUGGAAAUAAGGAAUGUUCCAUGCUUGUAUUCUUCUAAGGAUUGUGAUCAGCCACUAGCUUUUCUUAAGAAAAUUGAAGUUAUUGACUGCGACUGGUUGGAAUCAUUUCCAGAGAGGAUGCUGCAGCGUUGUACAGGACUCCAAUCUAUUACAAUUGUCGACUGUAAAAUAUUGAAAAGUUUACCCACCCUUGAUUGUGUCAGCAAUCUCGUUGAAUUAUUUAUUCACCGCUGUAAAGCUUUAGGGUCCUUACCAGAAGAGUUGGGAUUAUGCACCCCUAAUCUGAAGGUUUUGAGAAUAGGAGGUUGGGAGAAUUUCAAAUCCCUCCCAAAUACGAUGAACCAGCUGAAAUCUCUUCAAGAGCUAUUGAUGUAUGGCUUCCCGGGCAUCGAGUUCAUUCCAGAUGGAGGUUUGCCCCCAAACUUAACAGAGCUUUGCUUGGAGUGUAAGAAUCUCAAGCGGCUGCCGAAUACAAUGUACCAGCUCAAAUCGCUUCAGACACUAGCAAUCCCGGGUGGGGCUUUGACUUCUCUUCAACAGUUGACAAUUGAGCUGCCUUCUUCUUUAACUAAGCUUACGAUCGUGCCUGAAGAAAAUUUGGAAUCCAUACCUGGGGGGCUCUUCCAAAACCUAAGCUCCCUUCAAGAGUUAUGGAUACAUAACUGCCCGAGGCUACAAUCUUUGCCAAAGGAAGCCUUCCCUCCUUCACUUGGUCAACUAUACAUCCAUGGGUGUCCGCAUCUAAAACGACAGCGCUUUGAGGAGAAAGGAGACUACUGGACUUUCACCAGGAACAUCCCCGACGUUACGAUAAUUUCAGAUAAGAGUUUUCUUUACCCCAGUGAUUGAGGUAAAUAAAGCCAAGCAACUCUUCAAUGUUACUGAUCAUUUUGAAAGGGGAUGAGUGGUUGGCCUUGGCAUUAGGGAAAUUCACAACCACCAAGGAGCUUGCUACUUGCAAAAUGAUGUUCUUAGGCAAGCCAACCAAUUUCAAUUUUCAAUUCAAUUACUGUAAGAGUUAAUGUUUUCCAUUCUGAAGAAUUGGGAAGAUUUUUGAAGCAAUGAGUUGUUGAUGUUCAAAUGAGAUUUUUCUGUAAGCUGGAACUGGAAUGUGGAUGGCCUUUGCUGAAUUAAGCAAGCUUGUAAUCUGACUAAGCCAAGCUGCAGUUUUACAAGUUUUUUAUUUGGGAAAGCAGAACUUACCUAUAAGCAUCUAGACUACCUUUUAAAAUUUUAUUGUGAUACCUAUUUGCUUUGCUAUUGUUAUUGUUGAGGAUAAGGAAUCAAAACUGAUAUAUCAGGCUAUCUCUAUACUUCAUUUUACUUGAGCAAAGUUAUACAUUUUGAUGAUAUACUAGUCUAUUCCUCUGCUACCUAUGAUUUUAGUUGCCUUAGAAUUAAAUGAUCAUUUUUCGUUGCUUCCUUAUCUUGAUUAAUACAUAUUGAUCUUAUAGAUUUCUGUAGCUUUGUGUUUUUAUUUUACUUCGAUUUAAUUUAAGCAAUUCACUUAUCCAUCUUUCCUUUCUAUGUUACAAUUGAUAUGCUUUUUGUCGUCGUCAAACUCUAAAUGAAUUAUUUGUCAAAUUUCAGUCUUUGCCUUUGAUUUUUCUAAUUUCCCAUCCUUUUUUUCAUGUUCCUAGUUGCUUGUGUGGAGGACAUAGCAAAAUCUUGUUAGGCCUAUGUAGGAGCCCUUUGUUUUGUGACUCCCUUUUCCCUUUUAUGUGCCAGAAGUUAUGAGCAUACUCUAAACUGUAGGGGUACUGCUUGUACCCCGUUUAAUAAUUUCAUUUGCUGAUGAAAAAAGGAAAUGCAAUGUGCUUGCUCAUUUCGAUUCUA